AUGUCCAUUCUCAACACAUCACACGUUGAAAUUACCACCUUUUUUUUGGUUGGGAUGCCAGGGCUAGAAUAUGCACACAUUUGGAUCUCUAUCCCCAUCUGCAGCGUGUAUCUUAUAGCUGUUUUGGGAAACUGCACCAUCCUUUUUAUCAUCAAGACAGAGCCCUCCUUGCACGAGCCCAUGUACUAUUUCCUUUCCAUGUUGUCCCUGUCUGACUUGGGUUUGUCUUUAUCCUCUCUGCCCACCAUGUUGAGGGUCUUCUUAUUCGAUGCUCCUGCAAUUUCUGCUGAUGCCUGCUUUGCCCAAGAAUUCUUCAUCCAUGGUUUCACAGUUCUGGAGUCCUCAGUUCUUCUAAUCAUGUCAUUUGAUCGCUUCCUGGCCAUCCACAAUCCUCUGAGAUACAGCUCCAUCCUUACAACUGUCAGGGUUUCCCAAAUAGGAAUAAUAUUCUCUUUUAAGAGCAUCCUCCUGGUUCUUCCCUUCCCCUUCACUUUAAAAAGCUUGAGAUACUGCAAGAAAAGUCAGUUGUCACAUUCCUACUGUCUGCACCAGGAUGUCAUGAAGUUGGCCUGCUCUGACAACAGAAUUGAUGUCAUCUAUGGCUUUUUUGGGGCAGUCUGUCUUAUGGUAGACUUUAUGCUCAUUGCUGUGUCUUAUGUUUUGAUCCUCAAGACUGUGCUGGGAAUUGCAUCACAAAAGGAGCAGCUCAAGGCCCUCAAUACUUGUGUCUCACACAUCUGUGCAGUGGUCAUCUUCUAUCUGCCCAUCAUCAACUUGGCUGUUGUCCAUCGCUUUGCCAGGCAUGUCUCUCCCCUUGUUAAUGUUCUUAUGGCAAAUGUUCUCUUACUUGUACCUCCCCUGAUGAACCCUAUCGUGUACUGUGUGAAAACUAGGCAAAUAAGAGUGAGACUUGUAGCAAAAUUGUGUCACAGUUAG